AUGCCAUCAUCAUCACCAGCUGACGUGGAUGCUCCACCGGAAGCAGCUUUGGUAGAACCCUUGCUUCCCAAUACUUCUACAGAAGAAGCAGCCGUCUUUUCGUUGAUUCCAGAAGAGCAAUCUCCCUUUGUUGGAACGACAUCGGAACAACCAACGCGGAUCAAUGAGCCAGAAGUGCUAGAGGUUGCCGUGGACGACAGUGCGUGGGAACAUGGAGAAGACCAAGAUUUAAAGUUCCAGAAUCCACUGUUUGCCUUUAUUUUCUUGUCCCAAGCCAUUGCACUGAUGGUGUUUGGAGUUCAUGGCAUCAAGACCUUUUUGUCCUAUCAAAAGGAGGAUGACAAUAAGAAUCAUCAUCCACAAGACGACGACAGUGGCAGUGACGAUAUCGACCUUCACUUUAUUCUUUACUAUGCGAGGCACUUGCUGUUUGCCUUUUUGGCCACGGUCACUUCUAUUGUAAUGCUCUCGGCCAGCGUCUUGUCCUAUUUGCUCCGUCAAACGGGAGCUACCAGAAGAAUGAUGGAAAUUAGCUUGAUUCUUAGUCCAGUCAGUUAUGCCUUGUCGGCGAUUGGAUGCAUGGCUGUCGGUCUCCUUCCAAUGGCUGGAAUCUUUUUGAUGUCCACCCUCAUUGGUAUCUGUUAUGUCGUUGCUGUCUGGAAACGAAUUCCCGUGGCAGCUGCCAAUUUGGCAGUGGCCAUGACGGCCGUCAGGGCACAUCAAGGAAGUCUCGUUGGACUUGGAUAUACCCUGACCUUUGUGGCCGCCAGUUGGACUUGUAUAUGGUGCUUGGCGAUUGGGGAUAUUGGAUUCCGAGAUUCUUCCUUUUUUUGGCAGUGCCCCGCGGGCUCAAAUCAACAAGAUCCAGAUUGCAGCUUGACUUCGGGCGGAGUUUGUGUCGGACUUUUAUUGCUGUUGAGCUUAUUUUGGACCUUACAAGUCAUCAAGAAUCUCUGUCAUACGACGGUCGCUGGUGUGGUUGGAUCUUGGUGGUUCUCCUCGGCCCCGUCCACCCACGAUGAGGAGGUUGCCAACGGAGACUCGCUCAUCCAGGAAUCGACUCCUUCUCCCAAGCAGGUGGUAUACGAUUCAUGGGUUCGGUGUUCUGUAUACAGUUUUGGAAGUAUUUGCUUUGGAAGUCUUGUCGUGGGUCUCUUGCAAGUCCUCCAAUUCAUUCUUCGUUGUGGACGAGAACAGAAUCAACGCAACCGAAACUCGUCUUCUGGACUUGCCCUUUGCAUUUGCCAAUGCAUUGUGAAUCAGUUGGAACGAUUGGCCGAGUACAUGAACAAAUGGGCAUUUGUGUAUGUUGGGCUAUAUGGCUAUGAUUACUGGACUGCUGGUUCCAAGGUCUUUAAUCUAUUCAAGGCUCGAGGCUGGUCCGUCAUUCUCAAUGAUCACCUAGUAACUCGAUACUUGACACUACUCCAAACACUCUUGUCGCUUCUGUCAGCAGUCAUUUGCCAAUUCUGGGGUUGGCUUUUUGUCAUUCGGCCACUCUCGGCAUCGCUUCGUCAAGCAGCCGAGAAUGAUCCAGACAACAAUGCUGAUCCAGCUGACGUGUCCGCCUUGUGGUAUUCCUUCUUUGCGAUUGGUUUUGUGCUGGGAAUGAGCUUGUCGAGUGUCCUAUUCCGCUUGAUUAGCAGUGCGGUCGAUACCAUUGUGGUUUGUUUUGCGGAAUCUCCGAAUCAGCUUUCAGUAUUGGGGAGACAAACUGGGCAACAGCAAAAUAAGCCAAUCCUCAAGCCAUCUCUGGCCAAUGAAAUGAUCUUGGCGUGGAGACAAGUCUAUCCACAAGAGUGUGGCUUUUAA